GUCGAGCCAGUGUAAUAACCCUUCCCCAUAAGGGUUCGACGAUUCCCACGCAUACCAUCAACCAUCAACACCACAUCAACACUUUCACAUCAGUGUCAUCAUAAUGCAGCUCAGUCGCCUACUUCUCGUUGGCCUUUCGGCCCUAAGCGUCGCUGAGGCCUCCUACAUCCGCAAGGGCGUCAAUGUCCCUCACCACAACAAUGUCGGUCCCCUGGUGCGGAGAGCAGACAGCGAUAGCUCCUCCGCCGACCUCCCCGUGGACACGAGCGUCGAGGUACCGACCCCAGAGACGACAUCAACAAAGGCUGCUCCUGCCACAACAACAAGCGCAGACCCACCAGCCGAGCCCACCACCACCACGUCCAAGUCUGUUUCGGUGCCAGCUGCCACUACAACGUCACCUCCCCCAGCACAGACAACUACGAAACCCAGCAACAACGACCAGCCUACAGUAACAGCGAACCCUAACGGCGAGAUUGUAUCUUCUUCCAAGGAACCAGCACCAGCACCGUCGUCCUCGGCUGGCGGAAGCGGUGGAUCAUCCAACAACGACGAUGACAACUCCAAGUCCAGCACGUCUGUCAAGCCCAUCAUCAAGACCAUCACCCAAAUCAUCACCACCACCAACCAGCAGGGAGUUGCGACAACCGUGACGAGCGAAGCCCUCACUACCUCGACCCCGCCUCCUAGCCUUGCUUCCGGUAAGGGCAGCAAGGACGGCGACAUGUCGUCCCAGACCCGCAACACUAUUAUUGGCGUCGUUGUCGGUAUUGGCGGAGCCAUCAUCUUGGCCGGCUUGGGCAUCGUUGGCUGGAGGAUCUAUGGCCGCAAGAAGCAGUCCGAGGAGGCCGACAAUCUGAUGGAUUACAAUGAUGCUGGCAAGCCCGAAGUUGGAGGAUCGAUGGUUGGACGCACCCCCUUCCAAAGCACGCUCGAGAGCUAUCAUGCGCCGACGCAUGUGAACCAGGCGUCAAACUUCUAAUUUUCAUCUUGCGAUAUAUCCACAAUCAAAGAAAUAUGAAGUUUUUGCGUUGUUCCAUUUCGCUUUCUAAAGCGUACCAAAUCAUCAGCGAUCAAGAUACCCCUUCCGCGUCUUUCAG